CGUAGGUACGGUUUGGAGUUGGGGGGGUUGACGAAGAUAAGCCAGAAGUGGCAUUGUCUAUUUAAAUCAGGAAGUGGGAACUUUAUGUUUCAGUUUUGAUUUUUAAUCGAACAAGAUGUCAACUCCAGCUAGACGGCGUUUGAUGAGAGAUUUUAAACGGCUUCAAGAAGACCCCCCGGCUGGAGUUAGCGGAGCCCCGUCUGAAAACAAUAUCAUGGUCUGGAAUGCAGUAAUAUUUGGACCAGAGGGAACGCCUUUUGAAGAUGGUACCUUCAAGCUUACAAUAGAAUUCACAGAAGAAUAUCCGAAUAAACCACCCACAGUUCGAUUUGUCUCCAAAAUGUUUCAUCCAAAUGUCUAUGCAGAUGGUAGUAUAUGUUUGGAUAUUCUUCAGAACCGCUGGAGUCCCACCUAUGAUGUCUCUUCAAUCUUAACCUCUAUACAGUCUCUGCUGGAUGAGCCCAACCCAAACAGCCCAGCCAACAGCCAGGCAGCCCAGCUGUACCAGGAGAACAAGCGCGAGUAUGAGAAGAGGGUAUCUGCCAUCGUAGAACAGAGCUGGCGUGAUUGUUGACCUCAAGCCAGUUCACCAAGUAUGAACUGUAUCCAGUCGAGAGAACGAAAAAAGAAAAAAAAAAAGAGUAUCUCUCUCUCUCUCUCAAAAAAGAAUAAAAUAAACACACAUCAUGUUUUGAAUCGUUCUCAUCCUCCUCCUACUCCUGUAGAGACAUUUGUUCUGUGAUCGUUGCAAGGUAGAGUGCUGUUGUGAUAUCGUGCCCCACCCCCUCAUCUCUCCCAACUUUGAAAUCUUCCUCCCGGACAAGAUCACACCUUCAUCAAAGCAAAUGUACCUGCUUUGUACCUGGGUUACUUACAAGUGUCUUUCACAUGACCUGCAAAUUGGAUAAUUUUUUUUCCAAGCAGGAGUUGGUCAUUUCUUAGGUCCUCUUCUCUCUAUUUUAAUAUUUUAGUUUGAAGUGGCUGCUUCAAGAGGGCUGUCUGAAUUCUGGAGCUUUUUGAGAUUGUCAUGAGAUUGCUUGCCAGAAUGCUGAAUUGUCAUCAUUUUAAACCACAAAUGUUUGCAUUUGGAGUGCUUUUUUGUGAUUCACACAAAAGACAUGCCUGCUUCAUUCACCCUUGUCCUUUUGAAGCUCUCAAUCAUUCAGCUGAUUGUCAUUUCAUUAAGGAAGGAAGUACAAUAGUUCUCUGAGCUAGAUCACUUGGGUGGGUUUUCUAAAUUACUGUCUUAAUAUAUUGCAUCAUGUUUUUAGUUCAAAGUGAAAAUGCUGGCGAGUGCAAGUCCUUUGGUGGCUGUGAUAACGGUGUAGUAAUCUUGGCAGAGGAGAAGUGCUCUGUGAAUUUGAUUCCCCCUGUCUUUGCCACAAAUACAGAAUUCAGAAGAAUGUAUCAGAAAUAAAACCGUUGUGGGCCAGGGUUGUAUGUAUGCGGUUUACUUUUGGUGCCGACAUGCCUCUGUCAGUCUCUGUUACAUCCCAGUUGCAUGGUUAGCUUAGCUUGCUUGUUCGUUUCAGUUCCAUCUAAGUGCCGUUUACCCCAUCCCCCCACCACCCCCACUGGAAAAGCUGGAAAGCCUAUCCCAACUGCCUGAGGGUGAUGCUCGUGUGCUUGUCUGAUGCAGAAACAUUGUCUGUCUGAUCAUUUUGGGUAGUCAUUUUUCUAAUGCACAUGAGUUUGAGUGACAGUAUAACUUUGCACUAGUAACCCAUGUAAGAAACUACAUUUUCUCACUUCUUGUAAAUAAAAAACAAAAAGUUACCAAAAAAAA